CACGGUUCUGGGACGCCCCAGGCCCCCGUCCUUCUAAACAUACGAUGACGCUGGCAUGACCAGCGGGAGGCUGCUGAUUGGCUGGCAGCCGCCGCCUCCCCGCGCUACUUGACGCCGGUUGUUCCCCGCCUCGUGAUUGUGACUCGUUUGAAUGACUCCAUCUUCCCCGGCCAUUAUUUUAUUUUCUUUCGUUACUGUGCGUCUGGGCUUCUUUGCCGCAGAAACUACUCCGAGACUUGAUCUCUGAUUCGCUUUGUUCAUCGGUGCCUCCAGCAGAAGCACUACACCUUAUCCGAGAGUUGGGCAUCGGCUGCCUCCCACUAGUUUACCCCUCUAAGAAACCGCCUCUCCCCCUCCUCCUAUCCCCACGAUGGCAGACCGUUCAAUCGAAACGGCUGCGGAGAAUGAUUCCAGUGGAUCGAAUGUCGCGUCAGCCCGCUCUAGUAUGGACUCGCGGACUACCUCCGUGGGCAACCGAUCUCUCCGACUAUCAUCUCAUACUUCCGGUCACCAGCACCGCCAGAGUUUGAGCGAAAGCCUUCGCGGAACUCCUGGAUCUCCACGAGCUCGACGACAGCCAUCGCUCACCCAGUCCGCCAUUCAGAGCCUCAUUGAUAACCCUCCGGCCCCGAGCAAUGUCAACUCGGCUUUUGCCGGUCGCGACUGGCGGGAAAUCGAGAUCGGAGAGCUGGUCAGUCCGAACGACCUGAAGUUCGUGGAGGUGGAUACUGGGAUCGAAGAAGCAACAAAUAUUUUGAUCGAUACCGCAGCUCCAGUCCUCCUGAUUCGGGAGACCCCUGACCAAAAGUCUGCCGUGGGCACUUUCGACUACUCCGACCUGAACGCAUACCUCCUGUUGGCGGCGGGACUGACGCAGCCCGAUGAAACACUGUUGGCGUCAUACGAGGAACUGGCUCGGAAGGCAAAACAAGGGAUCAAGAUCCCACUAAAGGAUGUUAAGGAUUUGGGGAGGAAAGAGCCGUUGACGACGCUGCCUGCGUCUGCUAACGUGAUGACGGCGGUGCAGACAUUCGGGGGCGGCGUGCAUCGUGUGGUGGUGGUUGAUGAGCAAAAGGACAAGGAAGUGGUGGGUAUCUUCAGCCAGUAUCGGCUGGUCAAGUUCCUCUGGGAGAACGGACGCAGCUUCCCGGUGAUUGACCAGCUGUAUCCUCAGUCCUUGUAUGAUCUGGGGAUCGGUUCGCGCGAGGUCAUCUCGAUCAAUGGGGACCGGCCGCUCUGCGAAGCCCUGCAGGUCAUGAAUGACGAGGGAAUUUCGUCAAUCGCUGUGGUGGAUAAUCACUUCAAUGUGGUGGGCAACAUCUCGACGACCGACGUCAAGCUACUCACCCGGUCAUCAUCACUCCCACUACUGCGCAACACUUGCACGCAUUUCAUCUCAGUGAUCCUGUCUACACGCGGCCUAGAGGAAGGCAAAGACUCCUUCCCAGUGUUCCACGUAAACCCGACCUCGACCCUAGCACACACGGUGGCCAAGGUGGUCGCGACCAAGUCUCACCGCCUCUGGGUCACCGACCCCUUGUCGCCCGCGUCAUCAGGGCCGCCGACCCCGUCUCAUUCAUCCGUGCACAUCCCUCUCCCAACGACCACGCAAUCUCCGCCACAGACGCCCGCGAUUGGCGGCAAUGCGAGCGUGCAGGCCCCGAAUUUCAGCUCGGCGCAUUUGCCAAGCCCGCCGCAGACUUUCCUCAGCGCGCCUACCAUGGCGCCCUCGAUCCCUGCGUCGGCUCUUCCGGGGGCGCGGCUGUCGGGACGGCUGGUGGGGGUGGUAAGUCUGACGGAUAUCCUGAACCUACAGGCCCGGGCGAGCGGGCUAAGCCCGGCGGACCCCGCGGAGAGCCGGAGUCGACGCCGCCGAAGCAGCAGUUCAAGUGUGAGUGUGCGGCGCAGCGGGGAGAUCGGGCGGGAGUUGUUUAGUGGGAGGAUAGUAUGAGUGGUGAUGACGGGGGGUGUGCAGCUUGCACACAUGCAAUUACAUACGAAAGACUCUUUAGCUUAACCACAACAUCUUAGUUCUCUAGCUUAGCUGCCAUGACCUGACCUUACCAACCAUUCUUAAAC